AUGGAUGUGGGCUUCCUCACUCCAUCCACAGUUUAUGACUUUGUGGCUGAGAUCUCCCCCAAUGUAAAAGCUGAAAAAACAGAAGUAUUAAGCGAAGACCUUCUACAAGUGGAGAAGCGGCUUGAGCUGGUCAAGCAGGUGUCCCACAGCACCCACAAGAAGCUGACGGCCUGUCUGCAGGGCCAACAGGGGGUGGAUGUGGAGAAGAGAUCUGUCAGGUCGCCCUCGAAAAAGCUACCCCUCACAACACUAGCACAAUGUCUGGUGGAGGGAGCAGCAGUGUUGGGCGACGACUCGCUACUGGGGAAGAUGCUGAAGCUGUGUGGUGAGACACAGGAGAAGAUGGCUCUGGAGCUCAUCCUGUUUGAGUUCACCAUUGAGAGAGACGUGGUGGAACCCCUAUACGAACUGGCAGAGGUGGAAAUCCCCAACAUCCAGAAACAAAGGAAACAUUUAGCAAAACUGGUUUUGGACAUGGACUCGGCACGCACAAGGUUCCACCAGUCCUCCAAGUCUGGUAUGUCCAGCAACGUGCAGCCAGGGGCCAAGGGCGAGCACCUCAGGGAAGAGAUGGAAGAAGCAGCCAAUCGAAUGGAGAUCUGUCGAGAUCAAUUAUCUGCAGACAUGUACAAUUUUGUGGCCAAAGAAAUUGACUAUGCAAGCUACUUUCAGACAUUGAUAGAGGUGCAGGCAGAGUACCACAGGAAGUCGUUAGAGCUCCUCCAGAAUAUUCUGCCUCAGAUCAAAGCCCACCAGGAGACCUGGGUGGAGAGGCCGUGCUAUGGGAAACCCUUAGAGGAGCACCUUGCCCUCAGCGGGCGGGACAUUGCCUUCCCCAUCGAAGCCUGUGUCACCAUGCUGCUGGAGUGUGGCAUGCAGGAAGAGGGCCUGUUCAGAGUAGCGCCCUCGGCCUCCAAACUGAAGAAGCUCAAGGCGUCUCUAGACUGUGGGGUGAUGGACGUACAGGAGUACUCUGCAGACCCUCACGCCAUCGCAGGUGCUUUGAAAUCCUACCUACGGGAACUCCCUGAGCCACUGAUGACCUUUGAACUUUAUGAUGAAUGGAUCCAAGCUUCUAACAUUCAAGACCAGGACAAGAGACUCCAAUCCCUCCUCACAGCCUGCGAGAAACUACCCUUGGCCAAUGGCAACAACUUCAAGUAUUUAAUCAAAUUCCUCGCCAAGUUAGAUGACUACCAGGAUGACAAUAAAAUGACUCCUGGGAAUAUUGCAAUAGUCUUGGGUCCCAACCUGCUGUGGACAACGCAGGAAGGGAGCAUUACAGAGAUGAUGACCACUGUGUCCCUGCAGAUUGUAGGCAUCAUUGAGCCCAUCAUCCAGCACGCUGACUGGUUCUUCCCUGGAGAGAUUGAGUUUAAUGUCACAGGAAACUAUGGCAGCCCGGUCCACACCAACCACAACGCCAACUACAGCUCCAUGCCCUCUCCGGAUAUGGACCAUUCCGAUCGCAAGCACAAUGACCAGAGCCGACGUCCACUCAGUGUGGCCACUGACAAUAUGAUGCUCGAGUUCUAUAAGAAGGAUGGCGUUAGGAAAAUUCAAAGCAUGGGGGUCAGGGUGAUGGACACUUCUUGGGUGUCGCGCAGGGGCUCGUCGUCAGUGCGUAAAACCUCCUCCACGCCCCCGAGUAUGCAGCCCCCCCUCCCUCCCUCAGAUGCUCUCAUACCUGAGCAGGGGGAGCUCUCUGCGUCCCCCUCACCAACCCCUCCUCCCGCUGGCAGCGACCGUGCCAGUACUCUGAUGAACAAGGAGCUCUCUCCAGUGAUUGGACAGAAGGGCUUCCAGGGAACAGCACCCUCUGGUGGGCCAUCACAGCCCUCUUCUGAACAUAGCCCUCACACCCUGAGAAGAGCUAAAAAGCUGGCCCCCAUCCCACCUAAGCACUACUCUCAGUCUGGGGGAAUGUCUGACCAGUCCACAGGUCAGCCCUCUCCAGUCAGCCUGUCCCCCACCCCUCCUAGUACCCCUUCCCCGUAUGGCUUUGGCUACCCUCAGGGCUACGCCACCAUCGGCUCUCCGGGACAGGCCCAGACUGCCACCCUCUCCUCCCCUCCCUCGCUAGCCGGCACCCUCACCAAGGCCAGGCCCACUCCCAAGCCUCCCAGGCAGAGGCCCAGCCUGCCCCCACCGCAGCCCCCCAGCACCCCUGGCUCCAGCCCCCAACCCCUGGAGCACAGUGGUGGCCUGCUGGAUGGAUUGUCUCCUGGGGAGAGCAUGUCCACAGACUCUUUCUGCAACCUGGAUAUCCCCAUCAUCAACGUGGAACUGGAUGGCAUCUUCGAUGAGCCUAAGAUGGUCCCCUACAGGAACUCAGUGGCGGUGGUCCAGCCUACCCCCAAGACAGAGUCAGAGGAAGAGUCUGAGAGCACGAUACUAUGA